AUAUACAGAAGAUGAAAAGCCAACAGUCUCUUCUUCCUCUACAAAUUGACCGACAAACAUUUACAGAAGUUGAAAAGCCAGCAGUCUCUUCUUCCUAUAUAAACCGACGACACCGUAUGUUACUUGGCAAAAUUUGCUACUUGUUACGUCAUUGCUUUGAACAAUGGCUGAUGAAAAGAUCUGUAAAAACAAGCAACAAUAUGACAGCGAUGACGGUGACGAUGGCAACGAAGUCACCGGAAGCGAUUGCGGCCUUUCUCUGGAGAAGCUAAACAUAGGAUCAAGGAAGAAGCUUGUAAUCUUUAGUCUCAAUGGGUUUAUAGUCCACAGGGUUUCCAUCCACAACAAGACAAAAAUUCCGCGCAAUCGUACUCCUGAUGGCACAUAUGGAAGCUAUCUAGUUUUUAAGAGACCAUUUUGUGAGGAAUUCAUGCAAUUUUGUUUUGAAAGAUUUGAAGUUGGAAUAUGGAGUUCUGCCCAAGAAGAAAAAAUGUGGAUGGUGUGUUGGAUUGUAUAAUGGGAAAGCUGAGAAAACGACUGGCAUUUGUUUGGGUAAGAACUGUAAGAUAUAUAAAGCUUUACACACAUACGUAUACUAUUGAGAUCUAUAUAUAUAUAUAUAUAUAUUGGUAAAUGUCUGGUGACAAGAUUUACUAGAGAAUAAAAACAAGCCCCUGUUUUUCGAAGAACUGGACAAACUGUGGAGCUAUUUUAGUGGGAAAUAUUCAGAAUCUGAUACACUUUUCAUUGAUGAUCAACCUUAUAAGGCUCUAUUGAAUCCUGUAUGGUCAUCACAACUCUGCCUUCCUUUUUUGGUACUCCUGUUUUCUCCUUUUGCAGUCCUUUUUUUCUUUUGGAUUGAAUUUUGAAGUAGAAUCAAUUGACAGAAAUGGAAGGAAUGCAGAAGGGGAAAACGAGAGUGUGACAAUGGCUAUCCUUAAUUAUUCUAAAGUUGCUUUCUUUGUUUCAUGUCACAGCCUAACACAGGGAUCUUCUUGGGGUCAUAUAAUGCUGAGUAUGACGAGAAUUUUGAUACAUUUAUUAUUUUGGAAAUGAUUUUCGCAUGCUCAUUUUCUCCUCUUGCACUGUAUAUUUUAGCACAUGAAUUGGCGUAUUCGGAUAUCAUCUCCCUUGAUAAUUAACAUUUGAAAAUCUACACCUGCUUAACAUAG